CGGAGCUCGUGCACCACGCCGGUGCAGAUUCCGAGCGAUCAUCCUCCCUCCAGGAGCAAGAGGACAGCAGCACUUGCUUCAUUAAAGGAUAAAUCUUAUAUUUUAUUUACCAACCGAAGAAAAGUAAACCGUUUUGGUUCCGUUUCUCGUAUUUGUGAAGCAUUACGGAGAAAAAUGAAUAAUCGUGAACGCUGGAGAUUUUGCAAGAGAGCAACUGUCAUGUUCUUCUUGGCUGCUGUGGCUCUGACUGUCGUCCAUAGAGGGAGCAUCGAUAUGAAGUCUCGCUUCGAGCUGGAGAGGCAGGUUCGCAUGCAUGCUUCUGAUGGAGUGGAGCCAAAUGCGGCCCUAAAAGAGGAACAUAUCUUUUCGGUCCGUGUAAAAGAUUUCUGGGACGUCGCAGAGCAGAAGCAGCAGCCAGAGCUGAUAGUUACAGCUCCCUCUGAAAAGCUUCCUGCCACUGAGGGCCUCAGCCCUACCUCUUGGGACGUGACCACCUUGAACUGUAGUCCCAACCUCAACCUCUCACAACAGUCGUGGUUCCGAGACUUGGGGAGCAACUUCCAGCAGUUCCUGCUUUAUCGCCACUGUCGCUUAUUUCCCAUGGUCUUUAACCACCCAGAGAAGUGUUCAGGGGAGAUAUUUUUGCUCAUUGUCAUAAAAUCCGUGGCAACGCAGCACGACCGUCGAGAGGUCAUUCGAAAAACCUGGGGCAAAGAACAAGUGUUAGAUGGUAAGAGGGUAAAGACUCUCUUCCUCCUUGGCAAACCUUCCAACGAAGCAGAAAGAGAAAACCAUCAGAAACUAGUGGAAUAUGAAGACAAAAUCUAUGGGGACAUUCUCCAGUGGGACUUCUUAGAUAGUUUCUUCAAUCUGACACUUAAAGAGACUCACUUUCUCAAGUGGUUCCACACCUACUGCCCCAACGUGCGUUAUGUCUUCAAGGGAGAUGAUGACGUCUUCGUCAGUGUGGAGAACAUUUUUGAGUAUCUGGAAAGCAUCAAAAACGAAAAGAACAUGUUCGUAGGGGACGUUCUUGUAAAAGCUAAGCCCAUUCGCAAAAAGGAAAACAAAUAUUACAUCCCAGAGGCUUUGUACAAUGAAACUUACUACCCUCCGUAUGCAGGCGGAGGGGGUUUCCUCAUGGAUGGGCCUCUGGCCAGGAGACUUGAUAGGGCUGCAAAUACACUGGAGCUUUUUCCAAUUGAUGAUGUCUUCCUGGGCAUGUGUCUGGAGGUGCUCCACGUGACCCCGACGAAACACAAUGCCUUUAAGACGUUUGGCUUAGUGAAGAAUAGAAAGAGCAGGCUGAACAGAGAGCCUUGUUUCUUUAAAAACAUGAUUGUGGUGCACAAACUGCUUCCACCAGAGCUUAUGCACAUGUGGCAUCUGGUCAACAGUGACCUGGUCUGCUCACAGAAAGUUGAACUUCUAUAGCCGAUAGAAAAGAAAACUGAGAUUCACUUUAGUGAAUGCAAAAAAAGUGAAUAAAAUUUCAGUACAGGUGUGGCAAACUUCCCAAAUCCCUCUCUUUUAUGUGGAGAGAGACCAGGGGAAUCUUGGAAUUUGCUGAUUCUGCACACCAACGCCAGUCCUGGAGGAAUUUACUCAAACCUUGAGUAAAUUGGGACUUUCUUGUUUUUGUUUUCUAAUUUGGAAGAACUCAUACGAUCAGCUUUAAAAUGCAGAUACAGCAAAUGGGACUACUGGACAAACCAAAGAGGACAUUGUUUUUUUUUUUUUUUAUGUCUUUAACUUAUGAUGUUAAAAUAUUCAGCAAGGCCCCUCCAUUUAUUACAAAUGAAAUACUUCUGUUUCAUCCUUGUUCCAUACUUUGUGGUGAGAAGAGUUUUUUGUUUUUUAUAUUGAGGGGAUUUGUUGAAUUUGACACUAGCAUCAUGGUCACCUGUCACUCUGAAACUGAGCCCAUUACUGGAACAACACUAAAUUUUGUUUUAGGAGGAAACAUGUUAAAUAACUAUAUGUUUAGUUGUUUUAUUAUAUGCAUGCAAAAAUAUCACAAAGAAGGAAUCAGGUAAGGUUAACUUGAAGGCUAAAACAGGGGUUAAAAUCAAUAAUCUACUUUCUUUUCUCUAGGUGCUGUACUCUUUAGCUAUAAGGUAUGUGACAAUGAUUUCACUUUAGAUGAAGGCACAACUCUCUACCUCACUUAAGUCUAACUAAAACAUACCCUUAUCAUUGGCUUCUCUCAGUGGUAUCGUAUGGUUGAAUUCCCCUUUGGAAUUUCAGAUACGUUUGUACUCCCGGUAUGGAAAAGGGGCAAUUGGAUGUGAGUGUCUCCUGCUUUGAAACUACUGCAAACUAUAACCAGAAUAUUUAUCAUGUUUCAACCCAGCUGUCUGUGGAUUUGAAUGUGCUGUAUUUGAUAUGAAUUUGCCACAAAGCAUACAAGACACUGUGAAGUAAAUGUUUGCUGGUACGAGCUUAUUUUAUCAUUUAAAUUGCUUCCCCAGUUGAAAGGGAUGCACGUGGUUCUUACAUUUAAUUUAAUGCAACAAGAACACAAAGGUUUUUGAAGUUCUACAUGAUAAUCUAUACCUUUAUUGAAGUAUGUGAUGAUGUCUAAAUUAUGUGAAUGUGUGUAAAAAUUGCAUAGGAUGUAAUUUGUGAAUAAAAAUGUUCAAAAUAG